UUCGCCGAGACGGUAAUUAUUUUACCUAACUGAAGCUGGCUAUCUGGCUCUACUCCAGAUUUCUUAAAGGAUAAAUUCUUUUAAUGGAAGCACGAAUACAUUGACUCAUAAUGGAGGGUCCAUUAGAAGUAAAACAUUCUGUCCCAGGAGCAGAAGAACCCAUCAAGUCUGAAGCACCUGUGCAGAAUCCAGAUAGUAGUGAUAGAAGUGAUGGGGCUGUGUCACCACCUCCGAAUUGUAGUAUUUGUUUAGGCAAGCUAGUGAAUACAUCAUUCACGGAUAGUUGCCUUCAUCAGUUUUGUUUCACGUGUCUGCUUCAAUGGUCAAAGAUAAAAACAGAAUGUCCUCUGUGUAAGCAGACCUUCAAAUCAAUCAUACACAAUGUUAGAUCAGAAGAAGAUUACGAUCAGUAUCAUGUGCCUAGAGAAUUGGCUACUCUGGAUAUUAAUUUUGAUCUGGGGCAUGCAGUGGACAUCCCUGCGCAUCGUAUUCAUUAUAGAACAACUAUGACAGGACAUCAUCGACGGCCACACGAAGUAGUGCUCAAUCCAGAACAAGUCGCGAGGAGAGAACAAUUGCCAAGCAUAGCGCCCCAGGUCCCUAUGGGAGAACGUUUACGUAGACGAGCAAACCCAGCCGAUUAUCGUCGUAGCAUUUAUAGACAUGGAAUUUGGGCCACAGCAUUGCCUGAUGUAUUUGGCCGUUUUCGUGAUUGUAGCGCAGAAUACUAUCGGAGAGAGCCAAGGGAGUUAAAUCGCCUGAUUCCCUGGUUAAAUAGGGAAUUACAAGUGUUACUUAAUAACAAUGCACCGCAUGUUGCGUACGUGUUGAGAGUUAUAUUGGAAGCCCUUAGUCAGUAUGACAUUAGGAGCCCGGAAUUUCGAGAUUUAGUGCGUCCUUAUUUCGGAAAUUUCACUGAUCACUUUGUUCACGAGCUACUGAACUAUGCACGAACUAACUUCGAUUUAGUUGGGUACGAUCAGUCCGUGACCUAUUUGCCCCAAGGAUUGUCAAAUGAAUAUGUAUCGAAUAUUGUUUCACCCGCGUCCAGCAGUAGUAGUAUUAGUUCUGAUGAUUCGGAUGUCCGAGUUCUUGACGAAGCAAUAGAUCUUAGAAUGAAUGCCGUAGCACCCAGUACAGGACCCCAUACAAUAAAUGUGCCUGGCCCAAGUACUGUAGGACAAAUGUUCCAACUGGAUAUUUCAUACAGUGUACCGGACGUUCUAACGAUUUCCUCCGAUUUCUCCUCGUCCGAGAAUGAUUGCGAAGUGAUUGGUUACGUGAAACCUCGCCACGAAAGAACACCGGAAAUCAUAGAAAUAGUAUCAUCGGACCCUGACGAAUUAAACGUCUCUCAAGCAACGAACGAUAAUGCACAGUCUUCCACGUCUGGUUUUUAUGGAGACAGUUCGAUUCAACCGAGUACAUCCCAUACCGUAAAGAAAAGAAGCUUCACGUCGUCGUCCACAGAAAGUGAUUCCGAUUCAGACAGCGACUACGCGUGUAGAAGAAGCAGAAAGUAUCAAAGUCGCUCCAGAAAAUCAAAAAGAAGUACAACCACCAAAAAGCGCAAUCGUUCAGGGGAAACUAGAGCUCGGAAUCGGAUUAGAAAUUUGUCUAGUUCCGAUGAUAGCGACUUCAGGAAAAGAGUGCCACGUAGAACUUCGCGCGCGAUAAAAAAGAGAUUAAGCUCUAGUAGUGACUCGGACUCUCACGAGAUCGAGUCGAAAACAGUAGACGAUAAGAAAUCGAGAACUUCACAAUAUUCUACGAAAGGCGCUGUACGUGUUCGUAAGGACUUAAUUAAGAAAGAGAAUCGGUACUCUGACGACGAAUCGUACAGCAGCGACAGCAGCAGCGAGUCUGAGGACGAUAUAGGUAACGGAAAAUGUCGUACCUUGCGAAGAUCGAAGAGGAAAUACACCACUAGCUCCAGUGAUUUCGACACGGUUAGAAGUGAAAAAGUGACUAGAACCAGAGUAAAAUCUAAACAACCAGUGGACACGAAGGAUUCUCAUCGGAAGGAAAUUAGGCACAAGAAUGAACGGCAGUCUAUAUCGAGAAGUAGCAGCACAUCAUCCUCCUAUACGUCUCCGAAAGAGAAAAGAAUUUGUUCUAGGCGACGUGAGUCGCAGCGAGAUGUUAGCGACGGGGAUAGCAAUUCGAACAGAGAUAUAUCAAGAAAGGAACGCAGCUUGUUGAAAUCGAAGUCGAAAGCAAUUCUGAGCAGUACAGAGUCUGACGAUGAUCGUUGCCGGUCCCAUAGUCAGUGUAGUAAUUAUUCGAGUAAAUCAUACACGCAUAAGAAGAAAUCGAAGCACAAAGACAGGCACAAAAGCAAAAAGAGAAAACGAUCUAACAGUAGGACGUAUAGCUCAUCCAUACGAUCGCGAUUAACACGACGACAUCCAAUUUAAAGAUUCAUAUGUGCACGGCAUUGAAACA